AUUUUCUUCUUGCGAGACUUGCAUACUUUGACAAGUGCGGCAAGUUAAAAGUUUACGUUGGUUACAGGCGAAAGGUUUCAACCAGUAUACCGUUAUGCCGACUAUUUUGCGGGCAAAGUGUAUUGUUGUCGGGGAGUCCGGGGUUGGCAAGAGCAGCAUUUGCCAAGUUUUUCACAGUGAUGGAUCCAGUUUUCCAAAGAAUUAUAGCAUGAACACAGGGGUGGAGCUCCUCGUGAAGUCCAUCAAUAUCCCAGACUCUCAAGACAGUGUGGAAAUAUUCAUGUUUGAUUCAGCUGGUAAAGAAAUAUUCUCGGAAGUAGUCAGGAAAUUUUGGGAGAACCCGUCCAUGGUGAUGGCUGUGUACGAUGUGACCAACGAGACCUCUUUCUCCAGCUGUGAAAAGUGGCUGGAGAGGGUUCGCUCCCAGUGUCCAGAUGUAGUUCUGCCAGGUGUGCUGAUUGCCAACAAGGUAGACCUUGACCAGAGGCGAGUGGUCAGCCCCAAGGCAGGGAAGGACCUGGCCACAACACAUCAACUGGAGUACUUUGAGUGUUCAGCUAAGGAGAUGCAGAAUGUGGACACACCCUUCUUCUACCUGGCUGCUGAGUACCACAAACUGUACAAGGAAAGAGUACAGCUGUUUCAGUCUUUAGCAUAAACACAUGGUUGGGUGGUGGGUGGCUUAAUGGGGUGAGUAGUAGUAUAGGUAAUAGCUGUACAGGACCACAAAGGUGCACCAAGCCUGUAAGCUCCAAACUAGCCAAAUCAGCUCCCAGAGUCACAAUUUUUUUUAGUGUUUUGCACAAAACUGCAUUUGAGUUUAUGGACCACUUUUCGUUUUCAUUGGGUUUUUUUGUGCUUCCCAGUAGUCUAUCCAACCCCAAGACAGGUAUACUGAAAACUUCCUCUUCGGUUCCUGAAGGGACAAACGACCCGAUCUAAUCUCGGCAUAGGCUUCGUGCGAUAGCUUGGUUCCGGGCAUUUUGUUGUGUUCCAUACCUAGUGUAUCUCGAAUUCGAGUGCACUUGCAUCGACAUACUGGUGUUUUUGUUUCGGUAUACCUGUCUUGGGGUUGGAUAGACUACUGGGAAGCACAAAGAAAAAACAAUGCAAACAAAAAGUGAUCAAAAAACUCAAAUGCAGUUUUGUGCAAAACACUAAAAAAACUUGUGACGCUGGGAGCCGAUUUGGCUGGUUUGGAGCUUACAGGCUUUAUGCACCUUUGUGGUCCCGUCCAGCUAUUCCCUAUACUACUGGGGUGGGCUGUUUGAUGGAUGGAAACAAAGGACCACCAGUAGUCGUGUGUUCUAAAACACAUCAUCCUAAGCUGAGCUCUAUUUGAAAUGAAGCCAGCAAGCCAGCAUGACACAGUCACUUAUGCAGGAUUGGUAUGCCACCAGUAAAGAGCUACAAGGAUAAGCUGUCUGUUCCAAUAUGUAGUUUUGUUACUGAAACCAUCAGCUGGAAGUGAGCUGUGUUACGUUUUACCCCGAUGUCUGCUGCUGUAGUGAUGGAAGUGGUAUGUAAAGAACUACAGCCCAUGUGGCUGGUCACAAGGCAUCUUCACCAUUACAUGUUGAACUAUUGAUGGACUCGGAACAUUCCAUGAGACCAGGCCUGAGGUUCACAGUCUAACCUCAGUCUGAGAAGUCCCGAUGUUGCAUGUUUCCCUACUUUACCAGUGGUCAUACCCUCCAAUUCACUGUGCUGACCUGCCUCUCUUGGACAUGCCAGAAACAUGAAUGUGGAUUUGAAUCCCAUGCUCUCCUUCAUUAUGGGACUAGGUUUGUUGGUGUCAUACCUGUGCUGGUAUCACCCAAGUUUGGUUUAGGUCAAAGACCAGCUUCUGUUUCCUGUUUCCCCUCACAUCAAGCUCACACCCGUGAUACAUGUAUAUACAUAUCUCUGAAAUCUGUUUUAAAAAACAGGUGAUAACACAUAUCACACACUCUUGUCUGAAGUACAACUGAUUGUAGACAUUCGGUAUCAGGGUGACUCAUGCCUGUGUACUUUUGUUGGGAAUGUCCACAUCUUACCGUUAGUAGGUAUUUUCCUAAAUUUUGUCCUGAUUCAAAACUACUUUUAAGCCCAACAACACUUGUACUUUAGACAGAAUGUAAUGUUUUGACAGGUUGUUUUCACAGCUUGUACAUGCCCGUCUAUUGUUUGUGUAUGAAGUAUGUCUCUUGUGAAAUGUUAUUAAACAUUAUUUAUUUCUU